CAUUGGUUCUUCCCCCACUUCAAAUUUCAAAGAUCGCACGAACAUAAGAAAGUCCUUGACAAGUAGCUCGGAUCGUUCAGUCUGAAUCCUUCUACGUUGAAGAAUAAAAGAGACAUGAAGACAUUAUUUUUCACGGCAUUGGCCGUGUUUGCUUUUGAGGCAUCAUUUGCCGUUGAUACUCAUGAGCAUAACAAGGUCGUUUGUUAUUGGAACGUUACAUCUUUCGAAAGACAAGGACCUGGAAAAUUCCAAAUUGAGGAUGUUAGACCUGCAUUAUCACUUUGUACACAUUUAAUCUAUGGAUUUGCUGGUAUCAAUCCCGAAACGUUCGAAGUUGUCCCAUUGAAUCCAAAUUUGGAUACCGGUGCUGGUUACGCUUAUUACAGAUUGAGUACACAAUUGAAAAGAUCUUUCCCAGAUCUUAAAGUUUAUCUUGGAAUUGGUGGAAAUGCCGAUCCUUAUGAGGAAACUCACAAAUAUUUAACAUUGACCGAGACCUCAGAGGCUAGAUCAAAGUUCAUCAAUUCAGUGAACCGUAUGUUGACCGAUUAUGAUUUCGACGGUGUAGAUUUAGGUUGGCAAUUUCCACCGGUCAAAGUAAAGAAAAAUCGUGGUACAUGGGGUUCCCUAUGGCAUGGUAUCAAAAAGACAUUUGGUUAUGGAAAAUUCAAGGAUGAGAAGGAACAAGAACAUCGCGAUGGUUUUACCAUAAUGGUUCGUGACUUGAAGUCACAAUUGAGGCCUAAAGGAAAAGCUCUUACAUUGACUGUACUUCCACAUAUUAAUUCUAGUGUUUAUUACGAGGCAAGAUUGUUGACACCAAAUCUCGAUGCUGUACAUUUGUUAGCAUUCGAUCAAAAAACACCAGAACGUAAUCCAAAAGAAGCCGAUUAUCCAGCACCAGUAUACGAAAGUUAUGGACGUGUUCCACAGGACAAUAUUGAUUCGUCAGUUAGAUAUUGGCUGGAAAAUGGUACACCAGGUACUAAAAUAGUAGUAGGUAUUCCAACAUAUGCAAGAACAUGGAAAUUAACAUCAGAAAGUCAAAUAUCUGGUGUACCACCGAUAAUAGCCGAAGGUCCAGGUGAACCAGGACCUCAUUCCGGUAUUCCAGGAUUACUCUCAUACGCUGAAGUUUGUACGAAAUUAACUGAAACACAUUUGGGACGUUUGAGAAGAGUCAAUGAUCCAUCGAAAAAGUAUGGUAGUUAUGCAUACGAACCGUACAACGCUGAUUCCGGUGCUGAAGGUCUUUGGGUUGGUUUUGAAGAUACUGACACUGCUGGCAAUAAAGCUAGUUACGUUAAAGCAAAAGGAUUGGGUGGUGUUGCUAUAUUUGAUUUAUCUUUGGAUGAUUUUCGUGGUGUUUGCAACGGUGACAAAUUCCCGAUCAUUCGUGGUGCAAAAUACAAGCUCUAAAUCAAUCAAACAACAACAUUGUAUAAUAAUAGAGGUUAGAGACUGUUGUUUUUGCCGUUGCCUUUUUAAGCGAAAUAAUUAAUUAAUUGUCUUUUUAA